AAACAUCCGGGACGGUUCGGGAGAAUACAACAGUCUUCAUUCAACCUGCCAUGGCGACACGUUGAACUGUUAGACAAUAUUUCUAAGAAAAUACACGGUUUUCAUUAACCACGACUAUAUCAGAGAAGAUAUAAAACCUUUAUCCAUCCCUGCAGUUAAUUUUCUACCCGGAGAAGCUGAAGGAAUACGUCCUGGAGCUAGUGAGGAGAGAAUAGUUCGGAGUUAGAUUUGAAUUGAAGUUUGACGUGUAGAUUCAUAGAUGCAUGCUACACAUCUAGAAUCACACGAAGGAAUGAGAUUAGACAGGCUUAAAGAUAAACUCAGAGAUAUCCUAGAGUCUCCGUAAGGUUGGAUAUACAAGAUAAGGAUGGAAGGGGAUAUCCAGGAUAUCCUGCUCAGGAUCGAACCUGAACCCUGCUCCAGUCCAACAGGACGAACUGGAAACGUCAGUUUUAAACCCUACGAUGAUAUCCGUUUAUCUCCUGGGACGAAGAAGUUUAAGUUUCCGGAUAGUACCAAGGUACAGGAGCAGGGGGUGUCUCUGGGUAUUAGAACCAUAGAGGAUCUGUACCCGGAGCUACUCUGCUUGAUCUUCUCUAACCUGGAUGUUCAGAGCAAGGGCCGAGCAGCGCAGGUGUGUAUAAAAUGGCGUGAUGCAGUGUACUCCAGGUCUGUAUGGAGAGGUGUGACUGCUCGACUCCAUCUCCGUAAAUCAAACCCUAUCAUGAUCCUCUCCUUGGUUAGACGAGGAAUCCGUCAGGUUCAAGUUCUCUCACUGAGAAAAUCUCUCCGGGACGUGGUUCAAGGUAUGCCUGCUCUCUCCCUUCUCGAUCUCUCCGGGUGUUACAAUCUCUCCGACUCCGUCCUGGAGACGGGGUUCAACCGGACCAUCUCUAGCCUUACAUCCAUUAAUCUUAGCUUAUGUAAAGAACUGACGGACAACAGUUUGGGGCGGAUAGCUACACACUGUAAGAACCUGGAGAUUCUAGAUCUAGGAGGAUGCACCAAGAUCACAAACACGGGUCUUCUACUUAUCUCCCUAGGGUUGAGAAAACUAGUAAGUUUAAACCUCAGAUCCUGUUGGCAGAUUACAGAUACGGGUUUAUCUCAUUUAUCCAGGACGGACGGAGAAGAGAGGACGGAAAGGUUAGUCCUUGAGAACCUAGUUCUCCAGGAUUGUCAGAAACUAAGCGAUGAAUCCCUAAGAUACAUCUCUGAGGGGUUUAAAUCUCUCCGACGGAUAAAUCUAAGCUUCUGUGCAAGUAUAACGGAUACAGGAAUGAAAUUCUUGUCAAAAAUGUCUUCCAUGUCGGAACUAAACCUUAGGUUUUGUGAUAAUAUCAGUGAUAUUGGAGUAGGUUACUUAGCUGAAGGUUGUGUAGGACUUCACAGUUUGGAUGUCUCUUUCUGUGAACGUGUUACCGACGGUUCUAUGGCUCAUAUAGCAAGCGGGCUCUUCAGUUUAAACUCUCUAGCUAUGGCUUCAUGUCGGAUACAGGACGAGGGAAUAAUUAAAAUCUCUAAAACCUUACUGGACCUGGAUACUCUAAAUAUUGGACAGUGUGCUCGAAUAACGGACCGGAGUUUAAUAAGUUUAGGCAGCCAACUCAAGAAACUGAGAAGUAUUGAUUUAUACGGGUGUCCCCGGAUAACUCCGAUAGGGUUAAAUUAUCUUAAAGACAAUCUUGAACUUAAAACAAUAAAUACUGGACUCUGGCAGGCAGAGCUUUAAAACUAACCCGGAGAUUUAGUCAUGUAAAGGUUAGGUGGAUAUUCGGUUAGUCAUUUUAUGACACCCGGGAAUCCGGUUAUUGUCACUUUAUGACACCAGGGUAUUCGGUUGGUCAAAUAAAGAUGAACUCUAAAAUUUGGUUAGUCAUAUUAAACUACUGUACAUGUACAUUGUACAACGAUCAAAUUAAAUGAUUUACAUCGUACACACAGCUGUGAUAUUCAUAUAUUAUAAUGGUAUAUACUGUUUAUCCAAUUACUAGAACUAAAAUAAAAACUUAAAUUUUA